AUUGUCUCCUGUAUGAGGACAAAGGUCUUGCUCUUUCAGCUGGUUCAAUGAGCACCCAGCUGUUACAUCACGUGUGAAGCAAAAUCAAGCCACCAUCCAGAAUUUCAUACAUUCCUGUUCACAAGGCGUGAUUUCAUUAUUCUGCAGCCAGCCGCUGAAGACAAACUUAUUCAUGUGAGUAGAAACAAUCCUACUACUGGAAGCUUUGCUGAAACACUUAUCGUGAGAUGUAUCCAGUGUUGAGAAGGAUACUUUUUGAGGAGUGAGCACCUUAUUAGCUAGAAUUUAAAAUUUGAUUUAAUUUUCACAAUACUUUGUGAAAAAUUGUGAUUGUUACGUGGUCUGACAUGAUGAUUUCUGCAGCUGACAUUGACAGACAAGUUGUAGUCUUAUAGAGACUGAGAUAGAUUCGUCAGACGAAAGAAAAAACUAGUGGAAACAGCUGAUUAACGACAGGGAUCACCGUCAGUGCCCCUUGUCAACCCAACCAGGACCAUCGACAGCCUACAACCAGGGAAGAGACGGGUGAUGGAGAAGUUUUUUAAGCCUGUUCACAGCCCCUCUAGCCCGGAAGAGAUCAAGAUGCGGAAGCACCACCACCACCGUCAUCUUCCCCAUCACCAAGUCCCUCAGUCACACAGGUAUACAACAUUUAAUGACACAGACAGAAAUACAGAUGAAAGCCAAGGACACCACCGUCACCAUCAACAUGGUCGUUAUCUCCAUCACGAUGCCCACCAUCAAACACAGCAAUUUCCCCACAGCGAAGAGGAUGAGAUACUUUACAACCACAAUACCCCUGUUACUCUCUCUCGGGCCUCUUCCUCUUCCCUCUCUUCAUCCUCUUCCUCCUCCUCUUUUUCUUCAUGGAACACAGAGGAAAGUGCAAAUGAUCCGUUUUCUCUUCGUCUUGCUGGGCUGCCACAGCACUCCUUGUCCUGCUCCAACAUCUCAGAUGUGCGCAGAGGUUUCAGGGAGGAUGACAGCAGCGAGCCUAUUGUCCUUGCCACCAUCAAACACAACAAGAACGGCAGUGUUUGUAAUGAGAUACAUAAGAGUGAACAAAAGAGGGGAAAGCGGGGUUUUGCUUCUCUUGACCGAGGUCACAGCAGAAGUGAACAAGGCCUCCUGCAAGGGAAUGAAAGUGAUCUUGGAGGAAAACAAUCCGGAGCGCCGCACAUCAACUAUGGACCGCUGUAUAAGGCAGCUAGUUUGAACCGAAGCCUGGCUUUCAGUGAGGAGGACUUUCUGUUAGGGGUCUCUAGGGCCCCCAAGAGAGCAGUGUCCUCCAUUCAGCUACCCAGCAAAGGCAUCCUCAAAAAAAAGGAGCCUCAUACUGACAUCCGCAAGGCUAAGUCAAUGGAGGUGUUGUCCCCAAGAGUUUCAAGACCAGAUCCCAAUGGACAGAAAGGGAAAGAGGCAACUCAAGUUGAGAUAGAGCAGACCAAGGCAAAUUUUGUGAAGGGAAAGUUGCAAUUCUCAGCCUUUCUAGAUGAGAUUACAAAACAGGUCAUAAGUCCCUCGGCUCUCAACAUCUUGGGUGUGAAUAAUAAUAAUAAAACUACUGGAAAGAUACAAGCCCCAGCACAAUCACCUGGCCCAAUCAAGCCUCAGCUCCCACCAAAGAAGAACAGAGAGAGCUCAGGGGAGGACAGGGAGCAGCACCUGAAACAGUCCAGCAGACAGGAGAAAGCAGCUUGCAGCAACCCUCGGAAACUCUCGGACUGCUCCAAUCCUGACAAACUGAUCUCAUAUGCAGCUAGGAACCACCACGGUAGCCCCCCACCUCUUCCCCACCCUCACUCUCCCAGCCACAAUACUCACAACGAAAGCAGCCGUAAAGACAGGAGGCCGUCGCCCACUGGGGGCUCCAUGUCAGGGGACAGAUAUGGUAGAGGUGGCCCUCACCUCACAGAUGGCACCAGCACCAGCCCAGAACCCAGCCAGCCCAAACAAUGUCACCACCGCAAACAGCAGCCCACUGCCUCCCACAGUCAACACCUCCCUCAGCAUCAGCCUCGACAGGUGCACCCUGGCCCUGUGCAGAGAGGGCCCGCCAGCUCCCCUUCAUCCUCAGCCAAGGGUGUGGGGCCAGGCCUCGGAUCUGAGUCUUCAUCCACCCAAUCUGAUUCCCCCAGGGCCAGAGACACAGCCUCCACAGCUACCAACCACAGCCCGGAGCAGAGUGGUCCACACCAGUCACAGCAUGUGAGACACUCUAAACAAUGCAGGGACACACUGUGUGAUGCCGACCAUCUCCAGGCGCUGCAGGAGGAGAACACAGAUCUUCACCAGAACUUGCUACAGACUGUGGUUUGCAUUGAGAGCCUGGAGGUGGAGUUGCAGAGGACCAGGGACGAGCUCAGCCAUGUCAAGGAAAAAUAUAAAAGCCUUCUGGAGACCCACACUGGGACCAAGCAGGCCAAUAACCUGCUGGGGGAACACCUGCAUAUAGCGUCAGAGAACCUGAGCAGUGAGAGGAAGUACCUGCAAAACCGUGUGUCCCAGCUGAGCUCAGAGUUGGAGGAUGCCCACAGGAUCAUUGCAGCCAUGGAGAACAUGAAUAUACCAUGCUUGAUAAAGGAGUUAUUGGAAAAGCACUUUGAUUCAGCUGAGGCCAAACAGAAGCUUCUGACGACCUCUGCCCCAAUCAGCCUUUCUUCCACCGCUUCACAACCAAAAGGCCAAUCCCACAUGCCUAAAGUGGAGGAGGCAGCACAUGAUUGGUUGACGAAAUCAGAUGCCGGUCUGCAGAGGGUCACAGCCUUCAUACCAUUUAAGCAGGGGGUGCCAACAAUAGGAACUGAAGGCAGUCUCUCUGGUCAGCACAGCCCUCCUUUCUCUGCAGCUGACAUUAGCACUUCUAUCUAUAAGAAAAUGGCUGCCAGUUAUGCAGCCAGACCACAACCUCUCUAUCCCCAAAACCAACAGCAGCUUCCUCUGGGCACUAACCACGCUAAUGCCCCUCCACACCUCGAGCAGGUAGAAUUGGGUGGUGACAGCUGGGGUGGGAAGGGUGGGGUAAAGGUAACGCUUUUGGAGCAAGACGUUGUGGAUGUGACCUCCAUGUCAGCCCAGCAGAUUCUGGAUGAUUUCCUGCAGCAGCUGCAGCCCAAUAGUGGAGGGCAGGAACAGCAGGGCGGGCAGGAGUGGGCGGGAUGAGUUGAACAAAUAAAAAUGUCAGAAUGAAAAUGUCAUCCAACAUGACAGGAUGAAUGUAUAGUCUUAUCUUAUUGCAUUGAAAUGUGUAUUUAUUCAUUUAGGUCAUUGCUGUCAAAUGCAUUGUGUAGUGUAUCCCCAACAUACCAGAAAAUCUUUUAUUGGGCUUGUGUAUAAUGUCCUUUUGGGUAUAGGAUUUUAUUACUGAGGAUUUUGAAGGGACAAGAUUUCCACACAUACAAAAAAUAGGGAAACCAAUUUGCACUGAAAGAAAUAAAAAAAAACUCUUAAGCUUGCCGUUGAAAAAAAUUAUCAACAGAGCAAUCAAAUGCCAAAAUGUAUAUUAAAAUUUUUUAACAUGCAGUAAUACAUACAGUUAUAGGAAACUAUUUCCAAGUAUGCUUUAUAAAUACAUUUACAUUUAAGUGCUUAAUUUAAUAAGAUGUAAUGUACUGUGUUUUCCCUUUGCCUGUUGCCCUGUACUCCCCCCCCCAAUUUAACAGAGAGACAAAUCUUUCUGUCUAUACCUUUAGAUAGAAGCAGCUCCUCAUUUCAGUAGUGAGUUUAACAGUUGACCUAUUAAUACAAUGGAUGACAAGGUUUUUAAAAGUCAGAGACAUCAAGGCCAUCUGUUCUUAAGAGCAACUGGUCUGAGGUUAACAGUGUUAUAGCCACUUAUCAGUUUUUUUAUUUUAUGUAAGAUGGCUGUUCAUCAAUUGAUAAACUGAAUAAAUGGCAAACACUGAAGAAUAAACCCACUUACCUCUUAAAGAAAAGUAUCUUCUUUAUAUACAGCAGAUGAGAUGAAUAGUCAUUUUCAACAACAGCCUGUUGUACAGUUGUAUUAAUAAUAUUUCAACCAUGCAGAAAUACCUCUUGAACACAGAAAUAAUCACAUUUGUGUUUCCUUACCAUUGUUCAGUUAUUUCAGUCAUUGUUAUGAGGGUGAUUGGUAACAUUCAGAUCAGCACAAGGAAAACUGCCGUUAAACUAAUACAAAGUCAAAGUUAAAAAAUUAACUAAUUGAUUUACAUGAAAUAUAAGUUUAAAUUAGUAUGAAAUAAAAACAUGUACAACUGUACAUGCACAGAUUUGUAUAUAUUCAUUGACUCUGUGUCUAAAACAAGAUGGCCCUUCCCAUCUAAAAUGAUAUGGGGUAGGUGUUCAAAACUGAUGUAGUGGGCAGAAUAAGAUGUGAACACUGUAUAGUAUUUAUGUGAAAGUAUUGUGAAAAUGUAUAUUGAAUAGAGUGCAGCAGCAACAUAAUCGUAUAUGAACCCAUCUCUCAUCAGUGUACACUUUACCUUCUGAAUCAUGCACUUAUGAAUACCGCUAAUAUGUAACUAUGUCAUUAUGGCUGUUCUACCAAUAAAAAUAUUCAUCUUAAAUGAA